AUGGCCACAGCACCCGGGGAGCGGCUGCAGGAGGAGGCACGGUGCUCAGUGUGCCUGGACUUCCUGCAGGAGCCCAUCAGCGUUGACUGUGGCCACAGCUUCUGUCUGCGGUGCAUAUCGGAGUUCUGCGAGAAAUCGGACAGCGCUCAGGGAGUCUAUGCUUGUCCCCAGUGCAGGGGUCCCUUCAGGCCCUCCAGCUUCAGACCCAACCGGCAGCUGGCCAGCCUGGUGGACACCGUGCGGCAGCUGGGGCUGGGCACCGGACACGCGGGGUCGCGUCAGUGUUCGAGGCACGGUGAGGACCUGAGCCGCUUCUGUGAAGAGGACCAAGCGAUGGUGUGCUGGGUCUGCGACACCAGCCCUGAGCACCGGAGCCACCGCACGGAGCCGCUGCAGGAGGCAGCCAGCCGCUACCAGAGGAUGCUCCAAGUGGCUUUGGAACUUGUGAAGAAGGAAAUGGAGGAGGCUCUGACCCAUGAGGCCAACGUGGGAAAGAAGACCAUCAUCUGGAAGGAGAAAGUGGAGAUGCAGAGACAACGUUUCAGGCUGGAGUUUGAGAAACACAGGGGCUUUCUGGCCCAGGAGGAGCAGCUGCAGCUGAGGCGACUGGAAGAGGAGGAGCGAGCAACCCUGCAGAGACUGCGUGACAGUAGGAACCGGCUGGCCCAACAGAACAAAGCCCUGAAGGAACUGGCUGAAGAGCUGGAGGAGAUGAGUCAGAGGCCAGCGGUAGCACUGCUGGAGGGAGCGAGAGGAGUCUUGACGCGAAGCGAAGCUAUGACCAGGCUGGAACCAGAGGCUGUCCCUAUGGAGCUGAAGACCGUGUGCCGCAUCCCUGGGAUGAGGGAGAUGCUGAGGAAGUUCCAAGUGGACGUGAAACUCGAUCCGGCCACUGCCCACCCAAGCUUGCUCUUAACGACGGAUCUGCGCAGUGUGCAGGAUGCGGAGGUCUGGAGGGAUGUCCCGAGCAACCCUGAGCGCUUUGACACCUGGCCCUGCAUCCUGGGCCUGCAGGGCUUCUCCUCCGGGAGGCAUUACUGGGAAGUCAUUGUGGGGGAAAGAGCAGAGUGGGGGCUAGGGGUCUGCCAAGACUCAGUGCUUAGAAAAGGGGAGGCCACACCGUCCCCAGAGAAUGGCGUCUGGGCCAUGUGGCUGCUGAGAGGGAGCGAGUACAUGGUCCUGUCCUCUCCCUCGGUGCCUGUGCUCCAAGAUGAGCGACCUCGUCGCAUCGGGAUCUUUUUGGACUACGAAGCCGGCCAAAUCUCCUUCUACAAUGUCACAAAUGGGUCUUACAUCUACACAUUCAACCACCUCUUCUCCGGUGUUCUCAGGCCCUAUUUCUUCGUCUGUGACACAACUCCUCUUAUCUUGCCACCCAUGACAGAAGCAGGGCCUGGAAACUGGACUUCCAGGAGUCUCCUUGAUUUUGCUGUUGCUGCCAGAAGUGAGGAAUACUAA